AUGUAUAUUUUGCCAUUGUUAUUUGUGAACCUAUUUGUGGGAUUGAACGCCCACUUCACUUUUGGUCUUGCUGGCGCGGGACGCGCUGACGUGAAACUCGCUGGCGCGGGACUCGCUAAUGUGAAACUCGCUGGCGCCGGACUUGGUGACGCGGGACUUGCCGGCGCGGGUCUUGCUGGCGCGGGACUCGCUGGCGCGGGACUCGCUGGCGCGGGACUCGUUGGCGCGGGACUCGCUGGCGCGGGUCUUGCUGGAGCGGGACUCGCUGGAGCGGGACUCGCUGGCGCGGGACUCGCUGGAGCCGGACUCGCUGGCGCGGGACUCGCUGGAGCGGGACUCGCUGGAGCGGGACUCGCUGGAGCGGGACUCGCUGGUGCGGGUCUCGCUGCUGCGCGUCUCGCUGGCGCGGGACUCGCUGGCGCGGGACUCGCAGGCGCGGGAGUCGCUGGCGCGGGACUCGCUGGCACGGGACUCGCUGGCGCGGGACUUGCUGGCGCAGGACUCGCAGGCGCAGGACGCGCUGACGUGAAAUUCACUGGCGCGGGAUUCGCUGGCGCGGGACUCAUUGGCGCGGGACUCGCUGACACAGGACUCGCUGGCGCGGGACUUGUUAGCGCGGAACGCGCUGACGUGAAACUUACUGGCGCGGGACGCGCUGACGUAAAACUCACUGGUGCAGAAUUUGCUGGCGCGGGACUCGCUGGCGCAGGACUCGCAGGCGCAGGACGCGCUGACGUGAAAUUCACUGGCGCGGGAUUCGCUGGCGCGGGACUCAUUGGCGCGGGACUCGCUGACACAGGACUCGCUGGCGCGGGACUUGUUAGCGCGGAACGCGCUGACGUGAAACUUACUGGCGCGGGACGCGCUGACGUAAAACUCACUGGUGCAGAACUUGCUGGCGCGGGAUUCGCUGGCGCAGGACGCGCUGAUGAAAAAUUCGCUGGUACGGGACUUGUGGGCAAGGAAUUCGCUGGUACGGAACAGGUUUUCGCAGAACAGAUUGCCGCUAGACAAACUGCUGAUAAAUUUGCUGGUGCAAGAGUCGCCGAUGCAGGACAGGCCUCUGGAUUAACUGCCGCUGGACAGGUUACCGCUGCACAGGUUUUUGCGGGACAUAUUCCCGCUAUACAAGCUAUUGCACAGAUUGUUGCUAAAUAUAUUGAUGUUGAACAAACUGCUGCUGGACAAGCUGCUGCACAAAUUGCCGCUGAACAGGCUGCUGCUAGACAAGUUGCUGCUGAACAGGCUGCCGCCGGACAGGUUGCCACUGAACAAGUUGCUGCCCAAAUUGCUGCUGAAUUCGUUGUUGCUGGACAGGCUUUCGAUAAACUAACUGCUGCUGAACAAGCUGCUGCACAAAUUGCUGCUGCACGAAUUGUCGUUGCCCAGGUCACUGCAGGACUAAGUGCCGCUGAACAAGCCGCUGCACAGAUUGCCGCAGGACAAAUUGCGGCUAGACAUGUUGCCGCACAAGCUUCUGCAAAAAAAACUGCCGCUGGACAAGCUGUUGCACAGGCUAUUGCUGCACAAGUUGCCGCUGGACAGACUGCUGCAAGGCAGAUUUUUGCAGGACUAACUGCUGCAGAACAAGCUACUGCAGAGGCUGUUGCUAGACAGAUUGUCGCCGGUUAUACUGUUGCAGGACAUGCUGCUGCUGCUAAACAAGCUGCUGUACAAAUUGCCGCUUUACAAAUUGCCUCUGGACAGACCUUGGCUAAAUUAACUGUCGUUGAUCAAACUGUUGCACAAAUUGCUGCUGGACUUAUUGCCGCUGGACAGAUUAAAACAUUUGCAAGAGUAGCUGGCACUGGUCAGGCUGCUGCUACUCAAGCAGCUUGUAUCAAUUUUGCCGCUAGGCAGGCUGCUGCUGAACAAGCCACCGCAGGACAUGUUGCUGGUGGACAGGCUGCCGCUGGUCAAGAUUUUAUGGGAGUAGCUAGUGCUGGUCAGGCAGCUGCUACUCAAGCUGUCUAUAGACAGGCUGCCGCUGGACAAGCUACCGCUGGACAAGCUACCGCUGGACAGGCUGCCGCUGGACAGAUUGCCUUUGAACACGCUGCUGCUGGACAAGCUGCGACUGAACAAGCUGCCGCAAGACAUGCUGCUGCUGGACAGACUGCCACUGGUCAAGGGUUUACGGUAGUUAUUAAUACUGAUCAGGCAGCUGCUACUCAAGCUGCCUAUAGACAGGCUGCCGCUGGACAGACUGCUUAUAUACACGCUGCUGCUGGACAAGCUACCACUGAACAAGCCGCCGCAAGACAUGCUGUUGCUAAACAGGCUGCCGCUAGUCAAGAUUUUAUGGGAGUAGCUAAUGCUGGUCAGGCAGCUGCUACUCAAGUUGUCUAUAGACAGACUGCCGCUGGACAAGCUACCGCUGGUGAGGCUGCCGCUGGACAGAUUACCUUUGAACACGCUGCUGCUGGACAAACUGCCACUGAACAAGCUGCCGCAGGACAUGCUGCUGCUGGACAGACUGCCACUGGUCAAGGGUUUACGGUAGUUAUUAAUGCUGGUCAGGCAGCUGCUACUCAAGCUGCCUAUGGACAGGCUGCCGCUGAACAGGCUAACAUUGGACAGGCUGCCGCUAGACAGACUGCCUAUGAAUACGCUGCUGCUGGACAAACUGCCGCAGGACAUGCUGUUGCUGGACAGGGUGCUGCUGGUCAAGAUUUUAUGGGAGUAGCUAAUGCUGGUCAGGCAGCUGCUACUCAAGUUGUCUAUAGACAGGCUGCCGCUGGACAGGCUGCCGCUGGACAGACUGCCUAUGAACACGCUGCUACUGGACAAACUGUCACUGAACAAGCCGCCGCAGAACGUGCUACUGUUGAACAGACUGUUACUGGUCAAGGUUUUGUGGGAGUAGCUGGCGCUGGUCAGGCUGCUGAUACUCAAGCUGCCUCCGUUAAGACACACCGCGUGACGGUUACAAUUUCGUGA